AUGUUCAACCCGCUGCCGUCGAGGCGGCCAGGCGGCGGGGGAUGGGAAGGAGAAGGAGGAGGAGGCGACUCAUCGGGGGAUGAGGGAAACGGUUAUGCAGCGAGGAGGAACCACUGGGGGAACGAGCUGAGCGACGUGAGCGAUGACAACUAUAGCGUCGGGUCGUUCCGCAGCCAGCGCAAUAUUUUCAUGCCUACCGAAGACAUCAUUCUUUCUGGAACUCUAUAUAAGAAGAUCCCUCGCCUUGCCGUCCUGACCUCCUUCACCGUUUGCUUCGCCAACCCGAGCAACCCAUCCAUAGUGCUCGAUGACAUUCCGUUGCAUGAAAUACAGGACGUGGGGUUUGGAACUGAACUGGAUGACAUGAUUGACGCAGCAGAAGGGAACAGCAAGCGGAGGUCAUCCCGCAGGCCAACCAAGACAAGGAAGAACGCGAAUACCAUGAAUGCAGAUUUGGUGUUUUACAUACAAACAUCCGAAGAUGGAAAGAACAGUGGAAGGACAUUCAUCUUCCAAGCGAGGGAUGAAAAGGAAUUGAAUGAAUGGUUCUCGAACAUAACGACAGCGUCGAAAGAUUCCAAGAAGGCCAGAAAGCUCCAAACAGAAAAGACCAAGAUUGGAAACAGCAACCGGAAAUGGCUGCAAGUGAACUGCCUCAAACUAUACAAAAACAGGAUUUACCGAGCGACGUGCUCUACCGUCAUUCUCUUCGCUGUUGCUAUGACGCUGUAUCAGACAGAAGUUUAUUACACAACCGCAACUUCAGCAGGAAGAUUGCUGAGUGACGGUGCGGUGACGGCCUUCAAUAUAGGGUGCUCUUUGUUCUUCUUGGUGGAAUUGUUUGUUAUGGUGGUUGGCCACAUUCCACGCUGGCAACAGAAGUUCGUGAUUCAAGCAUGGAAUUCUGUGGAUAUUGUUGUCAUAGUCAUAUCAGUGAUCGCUGCAACGUUCGAUGUCAAGGCGCUUCGACCAGUUCGGAUUCUGCGAAUUUUACGAGUGUUGGGACGUCUGAGAUCGUUCAAGCGGAUCCUGCGAGGACUGCAGAAGGCCAUACGGCCAGUGGCUUCAGCUCUGGGGUUGUUGAUGAUAGUGACGUGCUCGUAUGCCGUGUUGGCGACGAACCUUUAUGGGUAUUCCUCUCUUGACGACUCUUCCUGGAACGAGGUCAAGCCUGAGUUCUUCGGAACGCUGAGUGCUUCCUUGUUUACCAUGUUCCAGAUUGCCACGGGAGACUCGUGGGCCUCGUAUGUCGCUCGGCCAGUGUACAUGGCCGAGAAAGGAACCUUUGAUCGUGCAGUUGCUCUCUUCUUCUCGUCCUACGUUCUAUCGACUGGUGUUGUGCUAAUCAACGUCGUCGUGGCUGUUUUGCUUGAUGAGCUCAUUCAAACUAUCACCAUAGAAAAGACUGCAGCACAAGAGGCGCACGAGCUUGAAAUGGAGCAGAAGCGACAGGCUGCUCGAAUAUCAGGAGUCAUGGACCCUGUAAUAGAGAUGAUCGCAAAGUUCAGUGACAAGAAGGAUCUCGAAGAUAGGAUCCAAUCGCUGUUUCGGACGCUGGACAUCGCCGAGGAAGGCAUGCUAGAUUUUGACAAGAUCAACAGCGGGUUUCUGGCUAUGCGGCUUUCCGUCCCAGAUGACUUCGAGCAGUAUCUCAACAAGGAUGGUUCGUUGACGAUGCAGCGGACCCUCUGCAGCGAGGACGGAGAGAUCAGCAGGGAUCAGUUUCAUGCCAUCGUGAUCAAGGAGCUGCUGAGGUAUAGCGAGCGAGAAGCAGCCAACUCGAUGAACGAGGUUCACCUUCAACGUGCUCGAGCCUGUCAGAAGACUUACAUCACCCAUCAGGCGGACAAUAUUCAACGCUCUAUGCUCCUCAACCUGAAGCUGCUGGCCUUGGACAUCGAGGUCGUGAAGAAGAGAAGGUCGCCCAUCGAUCAGCUCAAGGAGGAUCUUGAGUCUGUGGAAGCACAGCUGGAUGAAAUGACUGAGCAAGUGCAGCUGCUUACCGACUCCUUCUUGACGCAGGCGUUCACCAGCCGGUCCAAGGCCAUCCAUGUACACUAG